AAAUCUCAGUGUCUCUCUCUUUCCCUCCUUUAGAAGGCCGUUUGGGAUCUGUCACACUGAUCUGGAACAUUAGCUACCAGCUAAAUACAUACUGGAUAACUUGUUCUGUUAUACAACCUGAGUAAGAAUUGCCUGCCAGGAAUACUGGGAUGAGAAAAGGAAGAAUCUAAAAGGUACACAUGAUUCACUGGGCCAAGGAAAACAUCAGCACAGGACAGGAACCAGGACUUUGGAGGCCUGUGACGAGUGGAGGAAUAGCAGCGUCACACAGAAUGACAACACAUUGAUUUACCUGAGCUAGACAAUCAGGAAGACACAGAGGAAUUAAGUGAUUGCGCUGAAAUAGUGGGUAAUUUUGGAACAGAGUGGUGAACUGAAGAGGAAGGUCGUGCAGCAGCCUGUUCUGGUUCCUUUGCUCAUAUAAAUCAGACUUUUAUUUGGGCCUAGUGUGGCCUCCUGAAGCAGUGACCAGAACCAUGAAGCUGUCAGGGAACGUGCUGGAUCUGGACUCCACAGACUACAGCACCACCCUUGAUCCCUCCUACACCAUGCUGGAGUUUGACAACCUCAGGGUGUUUCCCGUAGAGACAGAGUUGAUGAUGCCGGAGCCUGCCCCUCUGCUGCCACAGACCAACGGGAGCGUGUGUUCCAUAUGUGCAGACAGGGCCACAGGUAAACACUACGGUGCUUCCAGCUGUGACGGCUGCAAGGGCUUCUUCAGGAGGAGCGUCAGGAAGAACCACGCCUACACCUGCAGGUUCAGCAGGCAAUGUGUUGUGGACAAAGACAAGAGGAACCAAUGCCGUUACUGCAGGCUUCGGAAAUGUUUCCGAGCUGGCAUGAGAAAGGAAGCCGUGCAGAACGAGCGGGACCGCAUCAGCAGCCGCAGAGGAGAGGGACAGGGGUUGGGCACUCUGUCAAUCAGUGUACUGCUACAGGCAGAGGCCAGCAUGCAUCAGUUUCCAGCCCUGACCUCCCCUAUGAGCUGUGACAUCAACACCAAGAAGAUAGCGCUCGUGGGGGACGUGUGUGAGUCCAUGAAGCAGCAGCUCCUCCUGCUGGUGCAGUGGGCCAAGCGCAUCCCCGAGUUCUGCAGCCUCCCCGUUGACGACAGGGUAUCCCUGUUACGAGCCCACUCUGCUGAACACCUCAUCCUAGGGGUGGCUCGACGCUCCCUGCCUUACAAUGACAUUAUCCUUCUGGGUAAUUACUUUGUGAUCCCAGUGAGCGGUCCUGAGGUGGAGGUGUCCAGGGUGGCUGCCCGGAUCCUGGAGGAGCUGGUCAAGCCUCUGAGAGAGCUGGACAUCACCGACAGCGAGUUUGCCUGCCUUAAAACCAUAGUCUUCUUCAGUCCUGACUGCCCAGGGCUGGAGGCCCCUCAGACAGUGCGUCGGCUGCGUUUCCAGGCCCAGGUGCUGCUGGACGAGGCCACCUGUGAACAGCGGGGGCGUUUUGGAGAGCUGCUGCUGAUGCUGCCCCCCCUGCAGAGUGUGGCCUGGCAGAUGGUGGAGACCCUGCAGCUGGCCAGGCUCCUGGGGGAGCCCAGCGUGGACAGCCUGCUGCAGGAGAUGCUGCUGGGGGAGGGGGCCACUGGGGGCCUGAGACAACGCACAGGGCACGGUCCUAACUCAAAUGUAAUGGCGUUCCCCCAACCCCAAGAUCACACCUUGUCUCAAGACCUACUAGGAGGCCAUGUCGGGUUGCCUAACAACUUCACAUCAGUCAUCCUACCUGUUCCUAGCUAGCCAGCCUGGCCCCACAGGAGGCACAUGGCCCAGACUGCUCCCCUUGUUUCAGGCCCUCUAACCCAGCCUCGCUUUACAGGAACCUGGGCCCUCUCACCAGCCCUGGUCUUCAGGCUCAGUCCCUACAGCUCUGACCUCACCUGAGGGAUGUUGAUGUCUGUCUCCCAUCAUUAAUAUUCCUAUAAUUACUACCUUAGUGUCUUUUUUAGGGGAUUAGCUCACCAACGGUAACUUAACGUCCUGAAAGAGUACUGUUACGGACCUGUAGUAAAAGCCAUGCAAUUUCAGUCUCAGUGUGUGUAAUGCCAGUCUGAUGCCUGUCUCUCUCCAACAGCUCUGCCAGUGGUGCCUCUGGUGCCCACACAGACUGGCACUGAGGUGUACAGACAUGGAGAGGGGGCAGACAUGCCCAUAGAGUCUGCCCACAGCAUGCCCAUGGCUCCUGUCCACACCUGCCUCUGAGAAGCAGACCAAGCAGCAGCAGCUACUAUACAGAGAGGAGAAAAAAGCUGUGUGGUCUAAACAUGCACGCGCACGCACACACACACACACACACACACACACACACACACACACACACACACACACACACACACACACACACACACACACACACACACACACACACACACACACACACACACACACACACACACACACACGCAUCUAAUCAAACCGCGUUUGGUUUGAGUAAAAUGUUUGUUUUUGUUAAUAACCACUUCGAGGAAAUGCAACACAUUUUCAGUGCAGCCCCCCGAGCCUCAUUGAAGAUCGAAUGCGGUUCCUGGGGCAAAAUGAGUUGCACACACCUGACCUGGUGUUGGUGCAUCCAGGCCGUACUACUAUAUGAACACAACAUGAAGUAGAGGCUGUUACAUGGACACUACUAACCCAAAAAUGGACUUUGACUCAACCAGCCAGUCCUCUCCCAUAUGCACAUUACACACAGGGAAUAUGAUGCACACAAUUAAUAAUUGAUCAGGAAUUGUUCUUUAUGUUAACCAUUCACUGACAAUUAAAAUCAAUAAAGACCACAGCUCGAUAGUAUGUUAUCUUUAUUAGAUCAUGGUUGGGUGAGUGAGUUGUGUUGUGUUGGCAUGUUAAUUAAAGACAGUGAUGUCGCAGUGGUGAAGUAAGAACAAUUUCAUGUUUUUUAUAUUCAGGAUCAUUGUCCAUGCAGAUGUUGGUACUGUUAAACAUUUUAAAGUUACUCAUAAAAAUGUUUUUUAGUUUUUUAAAGGAAAUAAAUGAAAAAUUAAUUUGUAGAGCCUGC